UGACAGCUGUUUUAUAUGUCAUAUUCGAAAUGGUUGAAAAUUGAAAAAUCUUUGCAGUGAAAAUUUGAUAAUAUGUUUGUGUAGUGGCCAGAUUAUUCCAAAAGAUAUUUCCUAAAUUCUCAUAACAGUUCUAUAAUCCUUUACGUGCGUCGACACAGGACGAAAUUCAUCGGAAAAGAUCAUUUGUGGACUAUCUGCUGUGUGUGCUUGCUGCUGGGCGCAACAACUAUGGCCUGGCGCUCGCGGGGACUUUCCAAUGCAGAUUUAAUCCGUCAGUUGCAAGAACAUGGCAUCAUUAAGAGUGAACGAGUGGCUCAAGCUUUGAUAGCAACGGAUCGAAAGCAUUAUGUGGCGAGCAAUUUACAACCCUACGUAGAUUCUCCGCAGCGAAUUGGCCAUGGGGCCACCAUCAGUGCACCUCAUAUGCAUGCCUACGCUUUGGAGCUCUUGGAGUCGAAUUUAAAGAUGGACAGUAAAGUGUUGGAUGUAGGAUCCGGUUCGGGAUAUUUGACCGCAUGCUUUGCUCGUUAUAUUCAUCAGAAGGAGAAUGCAACCGGUUUCGUGGUUGGAAUAGAGCACCAUCCUGCACUAGUCGAACUCGGCAAAAACAACAUCAAGGCAGACGAUGAAUCCCUCAUAGACACUGGGAAGGUCAUUCUUGUUGAGGGCGAUGGUAGACAAGGCUACAAAGAGCACGCCCCGUACGAUUGUAUCCACGUCGGAGCCGCUGCCCCCGAGACGCCUCAAGAACUAAUCAAUCAGUUGAAACCGGGUGGUCGCAUGAUCGUGCCCGUUGGCCCGGAUGGAGGAAUGCAGUACCUCGAGCAGUACGACAAGAACACCGAUGGCAAGGUGGAGAAGACCCGGCUGAUGGGGGUGAUGUACGUGCCACUGACGGAUUUACACUCGUGAUGCCUUAGCCGCAGAGGCUUUUGUAUGGCACUUCGUGUGCUGCUGGUGCUGAUGUUGCUGCUGCUCUUUGCCUACAGUUUGAAGAAAAGAUUCUAUUAGGUUGAGCUUCCGUGGUCACUUUUCAGCCUCUAAAUCUCAGUUUUCUAGAAGUUUUAUAUUUACGGCUGUGUUUUGUUGUGGAAACCUACUCAUAUUACAGUUUAGUAUUAAAAUAUGUUUGGUCUUUGAUGUUGACGAGCGUAUUUUAUUUAUUUUCGUUUUAUAAUUUAUUCUGAUUUAUAGAAAUCGCAUCUGACAUGUAAAUCUACUUAGAGGAAUUAAAUAACUAGGCUUUCACAAAAAAUAUCUUUAUGCCGGAAUAAAUAUAUAAUGUGUGAAUUGCAAAUCUCA